AUGGUAAGAUUCUUUGACUACAGGACUACUCUGUACAACGUGUCCCAAUUGCCAAGAACUGGCAGCGUCUGCAGCGCAUGGCGCCAAGUUAACGCUCUGCUGUUGUUGAGCUCUCGAUUCUUGCGCAAGGGGCAAGCCGAAGCGACAGGCCGUGGAACUCGCGUCUACUGUACCGCAACUAGAUACGUCGGCCGCUUCCGCGCCUUGUACAGAGCAGAUAUAACUAACCUGCAGCAAGUCCUUUCCAUGGCCGUGGCGGGCGAGUGA